CGAAAGGGUUGAUGUUGUAGAACUUAUCAACAAGAUAAAUCGUGUCGAAUACCAUAUGAAUCGAACACUGAUCGCUACAUAAUCGGAGAUGAUUUGAGUGAUAUUGUUUUUAUGAAAAUAGCUAUGGCCACACUGUAUUAAGCCCAUUUUAUUCAGGAAUAAAUUCAUUACAUACGGUAGCAUGGACACACGCCGUUGAGUAAUCUAGCGCACGAAAAGCCCAAUGGUUGUCGCCAAGUCCUUCUUCAAGGAGAUGGCCAUUCGCAAAAGAAUCGCCAGCAUAUUUAAUAAAGGAGAGGAGGAGGAAGUGGAAGAUAUGACAUUCAAUUUGAUUGAAGGAAUAGAUGUUCCUGCUAUUGAGGGAAAAAUUGCACAAUACCACAAAGAAAAUGCUCAAAAGCCCGCAAGGCUGAAGAAUAUGCUGCAGCUUAAGCCGCAAGCAAAGGACACCCUGAUCGUGAUCCGGCAUAAAAUCUUCGACCUAAGGAGUCACUUCAACUGGAUCUGAAUGAAGAAUGGCCAAAAUUCAUCCCGAACUUGCGGUCUUGCAAAGAGAUUCAGAUCCCUCUCAUGGAUAAUAUGAUUAUCAAUGCAAGAAGUCUUUCCAUGGGAGCUGACCAUUUUGCAUAGGUAUAUAGAAAUAAAUAGCCAAAUGGGGGAAUAAAAAUAAGCAACUUCAUACAUCUUCCAGUCACUACUAUGGAGCCUGCAAACUUCCUAAAUCUGCCUACCUAUGUGUCUUGCAGAUCCUUUAUAUCUGUGUGAUUUCUUAACCUUGAUGCAAGAAAUGUAUAACAGAUAUAAAACUUAGUGGUUUUAAAGAUUCUGUAUGAUGAGGAAAUCUUAUUUCAGCAAGGAAUUUGUACCUAAUCGUUCUACAAACCACGAGCCAAAGCUUUCAAGGAGGUAUCAGUGCAGGUGUGAAGGGUUAUUAUGCCCCCGCGGUUGCAGAGGGAGCAAUUGGGCAGCCACGGCCAACAGGCAUGGCCCCGCAGCCCAUUUCUAUCGGAUCAAACCUUGAAAUGCACGCCUACAAUUACGACAAUGAAGAAAUGACGAGACUCAGAGCAGAGAGAGGUGGAAGGGCGGGAGGGUGGAGAUGGUUAUCAAUUAUUGUCAUGAGUCUCAUGACCUAUUAAAUACACACAAAUAAUAAGGCGAAAGCCUGAGUAACAUAUCCUUGAGGCAGUUGCAUUUGGAUUUUUUUUUCUGGGCAAACAACAUGGAUAUGCAAUUAGGCCUCUCCUGUACCCAUCUGGGAGUAUUAUCCUCAGCAUCACACAGUCAUCGGCAGAAGACCCCAUUGCACCUACAAGGGGACUGAAGUUUAGGUUCCAAUGGGUGCUGUGAGCCUAAAGAGACCCUACCAUGCUGCUACGAAGACUUGAAUCCAAGCAUUGAUUGAAGAAAUCCAAGUAUUGACGUACUGAAAGGGGUAGUAGCACUUUAAUUUGACUGGUUAUCUAGUUCACAUGCUGCAUGGUGGCUUGCUCCUUGAGAUGAGAAGGUGGAAAUUUUUUGUUAGAUUCUUAAAUGACAUUAGGUAUAACUGGGUAAAUGAAUUUAUGUUAUCUAUGAUUAUUACUUAUUUCUUAGACGACGUUUUGUACAGUUUGAACCUCGCAUUAUUUUUUAGUUCUCGUUUUGCGGACCAGACAAAAAUUAUGGGACGGAGGUAGUAUGAAUCAGGAAGCUGAUUUCGAAAAAUUCCUAGAAUUUACCUGUAAAAAAACAUAGCAGUAUCUUUUUAUAACCUCUGCAACUGUUAAAUUACUUUUCGAGUUACGGUUAUAGUCGUUUGAUUGAACAUGAUUCAAAAAAAGAAAAACAUAAAACACCGCUUUUCUACCAAAUCUAGCUAUGUGUCGCUCGCCUUAUUCUUUUUGGGUUCAUUCAAAAAUGCUAGGCAAACAUCAAGUUCUUUUUUGAGUAGCACCACGAAAACAAUACAUGAGCAAAGGGGCAUACCCGAAAUUGCUAUGGGUGCAACACUUAUGCACCACCUUGUGUGGAACCAUCUGACCUAGGGAAUGCAAGGAAACAAGAUGCUCCCACGUUAUCACUGCGCUGCAAGGGAAUGAUCACAUGUUCUUUGAGGCUGUUAAGUGGUCCUUUGUGGAUGAAGCAAAUGGAGUUGUCCCCAAAUGUUUGUGAAUGAAGCAACCGGAGUUGUUUCCUGAAAUGCCGAUCAAAUCCGUUAAAGGAAGCCUAAUCAAAGCGGGCAAACAAGAAGAUCUGUCUGAGUUGAUGAUGGGUUUCUCCUCGUUCUGCCUUGCAAAACUACUGAUUUAAUUUGCUGGAACAAAUUGAAUCUUUUACUCCCUUUGUAAGAUAUUUUUUACCUGACCUAUGAAAUAUAACACCAGAUUUUGUCUUUCCAUUCUAUGUAACUGCGGGAUGGUGCAAUAUAUGAUUUCCCUAAUUUUAAUUGUAACUUGGAGCCAA